AUGUCUUGUCAUUACAAUGAAGCCUUUGAAAAUCCAGGCUACUACUUCUCAGAGACACUGGAAAUUGAUAGAAGGAGGAAUUCCCAAAAAAAUUUGUUCUCUCACCAAAACCCUUAUGAUUCUUCACUGCAUGGUUCCUAUGGAGAACACAGUGGAAGAGGACAGAAUUACCCUUUGGCCAUACCAAUGGCCUCCAUGAGACAGAGCUCUGAAUACUGUGAAGGUUUACAGAGAGUUAAUGUCCUAAGCAGAAGUCCACGUGGAAACUCCAUGGAUAAUAUUUCCUUUGAGCCUGAGCUAGAGCUGGCAUACAGCCCACCUUCUACCUUCCAUCUGCUGGAUCGCCCCUAUACCCACCCAAUUUCCAAUGUAUCAGAAGAUAGCUUUAUUCAGAGAUGCAACAGAAGACCACCUGAGGAGAUCUUCAUGACUUCUUCCAGCCUGUUUGAAACAGAUCCAGUGUGCAAAGAAGAGGAAAAGUUAGUUGGAAAUCUUGCAAGUAUGUCCACCAGUGAAAGGAUUAAAGCAAUCCAGAAGAUGCCAGAGACCAUGAAAAAAAAAAGAGAGAUCAGGAAUAAAGUUCUUAACGAAAUAACAAAAAAAUCAAGGCACCGCAGUGCUCAGCUUUCCUGCUGCACACAGUGUCUGCAGGGAACAGUAGUGUCAUUUCGGCGAUUUGGAAAUAGCCUGUCAGAAUAUUUUCACCUACUGCAGUUAUGGCACAAGACUCUGAAGAUCAUUGGUGCUGAGUUUGGAACAAGUGUUCUUUCUUAUUUUACUUUCUUGAAGUGGCUGCUAACUUUCAAUAUCUUCUCAUUCCUCAUAAACUUCAGUUUCAUCACAAUCCCUCAGUUUGUUGCAGCAGAACCAAAUAACCUUUCAUUCACGGGUCUGGAGCUGUUCACUGGAGCUGGUUAUUUUCAACAAACAGUACUCUACUAUGGUUUUUACACCAACGCUACAAUCAGUAAAAUAGAGAAUGGUCCAUCUUACAACAUGCAGCUGGCCUAUAUUUUCACCGUUGGAAUAUAUUUUGUCAUCUGUUUUCUUAUCUUGUUGUUCAGCAUGGCAAAAUCCUUCUGCAGGAACUUCAUUAACGCUCAGACAUACUCUGGAAAUGCUAGCAAACUUUUCUGCACUUGGGACUUCAAUAUAACUAAGGAAAAAGCCGUGAAGCUGAAACAAAAGAAUCUCAGCACACAAAUAAAGGAAGACCUCACUGAAGUAAACAGAGAAGUUCUAAAUUUUUCUGUAACAGAGAGAGCACUUCGUAUUGUUAUUCAUCUUGCUUCUUGGGUUGCUUCCCUGGGAACAGCAAUAGCUGCUUGUGCUGGUGUUUACUUCCUUUCCAUUAAUAACCUAAAGCUCUUUGUGAAAGGUCAUAAAAAUGACCUGGAGAGCCAAGCUGCCAUGUUGGUGCUACCUAUUGCUGCGUCUCUCCUCAAUGCAUUCAUCCCGUUCUUCUACUCAUGGCUUGGACACCUGGAGAGAUUUCAGACUCCUGGACAUCAGAUAUAUGUCACUAUUACAAGAAAUAUCAUCCUGAAGAUAUCAAUUGUUGGAAUAUUGUGCUACUACUGGCUUAACAUUGUGGCUGCAUCAGAGUCACAGUGCUGGGAAACUCUGGUUGGCCAAGAUAUCUAUCGUCUUGUUCUGGUUGACUUCAUAUUUUGUUCGCUUGGCUCUUUCUUCGGAGAGUUUUUACGAAGAAUUAUUGGAACUACCGUCUGUGUGAGCCUGGGGCUGCCAGAAUUUGAUAUUGGACGAAAUGUUUUAGAUUUGAUCUAUGCACAGACUUUGACAUGGAUCGGUAUCCUCUUCUCACCUCUGCUGCCUGGUAUUCAGAUGAUAUCAUUGUCUAUAGUAUUUUAUGUGAAAAAGGUCAGUCUGAUGAUGAAUUGCCAACCCCCUCGCAAAGUCUGGAGAACUGCUCAGAUGACAACAUCCUUCAUGUUCCUGCUGUUUUUCCCUUCCUUCCUUGGAGUCCUGUCUGUCAUUGGAGUCACUGUCUGGAGGUUAAAACCUUCAGAAGAAUGUGGUCCUUUCAGAGGUUUGUCUUCUAUGUAUGCUGCAGUCUCUGAGUGGAUAAAAAUACUGGAAGAUUACACUGCCUCAAAAUGGGUAGUGUGGAUCUACCAUAACUUAAUUACAAGUGAACUUUUCUUCUUCGGCCUUUCCGUACUUGUCCUAGUUAUUACUUAUCUCUACUGGAAAAUAAUAGAAGGAAGAAAGACCAUGACCAAACUCUUACAUAAGCAAAUUAUUAAUGAAGGAAAAGAUAAAAUGUUUUUACUUGAAAAACUGCGGGUACUGCAAAGGGCGAAACAAAACCCAUCUGCGCCAAGAGGACAAGGCCAGCAGAGAAGCUCUUCUUCAUACCAGCCGUCCAGGCAACCUGCCCAGCAAGUGCCAGGCUAUGCAGGAAGGGCAUUUGACAGAAAUAAAAAUGCAUCCUACAACGAGUAUCCCUAUUCUGGUGGGGUCUUGAGGGGGACCGGUUUCCCACUAGGUUCAGAGACACCCCAGCCCAGCAGCAGGCCAGGCAUGUCUGAGGCAGUGGCGCUCGCUCUGCGUGCUAGAGAAGCAGCUCAGUGGGAAGACUAA